AUGGGGCUGGAACGGAAAAUCCCGGAAAAGCCCGGCGUGAGCGCUGGCCCGGGCUGUCCCAGUUCAUCCCAGUGUGUCCCGGUCUGUCCCAGUGCCUCCCAGUGUGUCCCGGGCUGUCCCAGUUCAUCCCAGUGUGUCCCGGUCUGUCCCAGUGCCUCCCAGUGUGUCCCGGUCUGUCCCAGUCCAUCCCAGUGUGUCCCAGUCUGUCCUGGUCUGUCCCAGUCCAUCCCAGUGUGUCCCAGUCUGUCCUCGUCUGUCCCAGUCCAUCCCAGUGUGUCCCGGGCUGUCCCAGUGCCUCCCAGUCUGGUCCCAGUCCGUCCCAGUCCAUCCCAGUCUGUCCCUGUUUGUCCCGGCUGUCCCAGUGCCUCCCAGUCCAUCCCAGUCCGUCCCAGUCUGUCCUGGUCUGUCCCAGUGCCUCUCAGUCUGGUCCCAGUCCUUCCCUGUCCAUCCCAGUAAGUCCCAGUUUGGUCCCAGUCCCUCCCAGUCUGGAACCAGUCUAUCCCAGUCUGUCCCAGUCCAUCCCAGUCUAUCCCAGUCUGUCCUGGUCUGUCCCAGUGCCUCCCAGUCCGUCCCUGUUUGUCCCGUGCCUCCCAGUCCAUCCCAGUCCGUCCCAGUCUGGUCCCGGUCUGUCCCAGUGCCUCCCAGUCCAUCCCAGUCCGUCCCAGUGUGUCCUGGUCUGUCCCAGUGCCUCCCAGUCCAUCCCAGUCCGUCCCAGUCUGUCCUGGUCUGUCCCAGUGCCUCCCAGUCCAUCCCAGUGUGUCCUGGUCUGUCCUGGUCUGUCCCAGUGCCUCCCAGUCUGUCCCUGUUUGUCCCGGUCUGUUCCCGUUCAUCCCAGUCUGUUCCAGUCCAUCCCAGUCCGUCCCAGUCUGUCCCAGUGCCUCCCAGUCUGGUCCCAGUCCGUCCCUGUCCAUCCCAGUCUGUCCUGGUCUGUCCCAGUGCCUCUCAGUCCAUCCCAGUCCGUCCCAGUGUGUCCCGGUCUGUCCCAGUGCCUCCCAGUCUGGUCCCAGUCUGUCCUGGUCUGUCCCAGUGCCUCCCAGUCUGUCCCUGUUUGUCCCGGUCUGUUCCCGUUCAUCCCAGUGUGUCCCGGUCUGUCCCAGUGCCUCCCAGUCUGGUCCCAGACAAUCUCAUCCCUAG